CAGUUCAGCAUUUAAACUUCAGACUUUAACCGCAGUUGUGAUUGUUUUUAGUUUGUUAGCUGCCUGGAGUGUUAUUUUAAGAAAGCAGAAGCACCAUCAUUUGCACACUCCUUAUAGAUCACACACCUUAACUCUGACUUUUGCUCCAGUUUUUCAAAAGAAGUGAAGUCAAGAUGAAGAACCAUUUGCUCUUCUGGGGAGUCCUGGCCAUUUUUGUUACAGCUGUUCAUGUGAAAGCCCAAGAAGAUGAAAGGAUUGUUCUUGUUGACAACAAAUGUAAAUGUGCCCGGAUUACUUCCAGGAUCAUCCGUUCUUCCAAUAAUCCGAAUGAGGACAUCGUAGAGAGAAACAUCCAAAUUGUUGUUCCUCUGAACAACAGGGAGAAUAUCUCUGAUCCCACAUCACCAUUGAGAACCAAAUUUGUGUACCAUUUGUCUGACCUCUGUAAAAAAUGUGAUCCUACAGAAGUGGAGCUGGACAAUCAGAUAGUUACUGCUACCCAGAGCAAUAUCUGUGAUGAAGAAGACAGUGCUACAGAGACCUGCUACACUUAUGACAGAAACAAGUGCUACACAGCUGUGGUCCCACUCGUAUUUGGUGGUGAGACCAAAAUGGUGGAAGCAGCCUUAACCCCGGAUUCCUGCUAUCGUGACUAAUUUAAGUCAUUGCUGACUGCAUAGCUCUUUUGCUUGAGAGGCUCUCCAUUUUGAUUCAGAAAGUUAGAAUUUAAAACCUAAGGGUUUUUUUUGAAUAAUGAUGUAAAACCAACUCCCUGCCACCAAAAUAAUUACAAUAGUCACAUUGUUAUCUUUAUUAGGUAAUCACUUCUCAAUUAUACGUUCAUACUCUAAAUAUUAAAAUCUGUCAAUUAUCAUGCUUACCUGAAGAGGUAUGCUCCAUUAAGAAUACGGUUUCUAGCAUUAAACAAAUAAACAAAAGGAGUAAAUAAAACUCAAGGAGUGAAAAUCAGGAGGUAUAAUAAAAUGUUCCUCAUAUUCUCCCCCCACCUGCCUUUUUUUUGGCCUUGGAGAGCCAGAGCUUCUGCAUUUUCUUUACUAUUCUCUUUAAAAAAAAGUUUCACUGUGUAGAGAACAUAUAUGUGUAAACAUAGGUCAAUUAUAUGUCCUCAUUAGAAAAAUAAUAAUUGGAAAAUAUGUUCUAGAACUAUUUACAAAAUAAUUUAAGGCGAAAUCUCUAAUAUUUAUAAAACUAAUGAGCUAAAUAAUUAAAUGCAUAAUGAAAAAUAUAUUUGGACAUAACAGACUUGGAAGCAGAUGGUACAGAUUUUUCUUUUUUUCAUAAUCAGGUUAGUAUAAGAAAUUUCCAUUUGAAACCAUCCAUUUUGUACCUGAGCUUUAUGAAAUAUAUGUAUUUCAUGAUAUGUAUUCUCUAGCACAGUCUGAACAAUUAAAUAGAUUCAUAAGCAUA